GGAAGGCGCCGCGCGCAGUAACGCGCACUUCCUCUCCGGGAGUCCUCUAAGGGAGUGCAGACUCGAAGAGCUCCGGGACUGAGAGGCCCUGCUCUUGUCAGACGGCGCAGACAUGUCGGAACAAAGUAAGGAUCUGAGCGACCCCAACUUUGCAUGCGAGGCCCCCAACUCCGAGGUGCACGACAGCCCAGGGGUUCCGGUGGGGAUCCCCGCGUACGACUCUCCGGCCGCGACUCCCGCGGCGCAGCCCCAGAGCCCUCCUCUAGGUCCGACGGCUGCCCCCCAGGCCGAGCCAGAGCCCCAAGACCCGAGCGACGAGGGCGACCCGAAGGCCCAGCAGCAGGCCGCGGAGCAGGGCCGCGCCCACCAGUCCCCGAGCGCGGCCCAGCCCGGCCCGGCGCCGCCAGCCCCGGCCCAGCUGGUGCAGAAGGCGCACGAGCUCAUGUGGUACGUGCUGGUGAAGGACCAGAAGAGGAUGAUCAUCUGGUUUCCAGACAUGGUGAGAGAUGUCAUCGGCAGCUACAAGAAAUGGUGCAGAAGCAUCCUCAGGCGCACCAGCCUCAUCCUCGCCCGAGUGUUUGGGCUGCACCUGAGGCUGACCAGCCUGCACACCAUGGAGUUCGCGCUCGUCAAAGCGCUUGAUCCUGAGGAGCUGGACAGGAUGGCGCUGAACAACCGCAUGCCCAUGACAGGUCUCCUGCUCAUGAUCCUGAGCCUCAUCUACGUGAAGGGCCGUGGUGCCCGAGAGAGCGCGGUCUGGAACGUGCUGCGCAUCCUGGGGCUGCGGCCCUGGAAGAAGCACUCCACCUUCGGGGACGUGAGGAAGCUCAUCACCGAGGAUUUCGUCCAGCAGAAUUACCUGAAGUACCAGCGCGUGCCCUUUGUUGAGCCUCCUGAGUACGAGUUCUUCUGGGGGUCCCGGGCCAGACGCGAAAUCACCAAGAUGCAAAUCAUGGAGUUCCUGGCCAGGGUCUUUAAGAAAGACCCCCAGGCCUGGCCUUCCCGUUACAGGGAAGCUCUGGAGGAGGCCAGAGCUCUGCGGGAGGCUAAUCCCAGUGUCCAGUACCCCCGCAACAGUGUCUCUGAGGACUAGCAAGGUCUGGAGGCAGCUUGAUGGUUUCUGACCCUCACCAGGGCUAUGGAAGGGUGGGGGUGGGUCAUUAGAGUAUUCAGGAUUUACAGUGCAGUAUUCAUGUGUAACCUUUAAGUUUUCAGUACAGUGCUUUUGUAUACCUUUUAAUGCAACGUUGUAUUCAUUUGAGUACUAUUGAGUAGUGUUUAGUAUGUAUGCAUGUUUGUUUAUAAGUAAGCUGUGUUGGUGCUUUCGCUUUUGUGCAGCCUUCCUUGGAUUUUGUAUCAGAGAUGUGCUAAACUGAUGAAAUACAUUGAGAAAAUGUCCAUCUUAUUCUUUUAUAUGGGAUGGGAGGUGUGUGGGGGGAUAGACUGCUCCUGGAGAGUUUGAAAGACCUCGCCAGCAAAGCUGGCUUAACCAAGAGAACUGUCAAGGCUCCUCUCUUUCUGAACUUGCUGGGCACAGGAAACAUCUGUGUGGAAUGAACUGAUUUGAACUGAACUGGUCUUGAUGUGGGUACUUGGCAUGCUCUACCAAACGCAUAACCCCGCCAUGAGUAAAUUUUCAUGUAAACAUUAAAUAUUCUUGUGAUACAAUCA